AAUUGUCACUAUAGCAUAACAGCUCAAAUAUUUGUCUUACAUUUAAUUAUGUUACUGAACGUGUUUAAUUAGAAUUCUUAAAUUAUAAUUAUCCGUUUCUGACAAUUGAAAAACAACUGACCCGAAUGCCACCUAUAAAUGUGUGUAUGUACUAACGAUUGGAUCGAUGUUUUCGGAGGAUGAAUAGGAAUAAUUAUAAAUGUUUACGUUCUGUUAUACAUACUUGUCAGUGUUUUUGCACGCGGAUAUUUUUGCAAAAUUUAUUCAGCGUUUUAGCUUAAAGUUUGCCGGUAGUGGAAUGUCGUUUAAAAUGCGUGUAGCGUAUUUAUAUAUAUGUUAUGUUUACAUCUGCAUGGACAUGAAACUGGCAACGACAGGAAAGCUGUUAAACGUUUUACAUCCUAAGAAGUGAAAAAUAUAUUUGUCAGCCAUCGUUUCAUCACUAUUAUAACAAUGCCUGUGGAUAUUAACAGUUUGACGGAAGGUUGGCUGGAGUUAGAGAGUGAUCCGGGUUUGUUUACAUUGCUUUUGGAGGACUUUGGGGUGAACGGUGUUCAGGUCGAAGAAAUUUAUGAUUUGCAAAAGUCUCUUGAUGAUACAGUUUACGGUUUUAUAUUUCUAUUCCGUUGGACGGAAGAGAGGCGUUCAAGACGUAAAAUUGUCGACCAGUGUGAAACAUUUGUGAAAGAUGAGGAAGUAGUAAAUAACAUAUUUUUUGCUCAGCAAAUUGUGCCAAAUAGUUGUGCUACGCAUGCUUUACUUUCGGUCCUUCUGAACUGCCCGAAGAUACAUCUGGGUGAUACUCUAAGUAGGCUAAAAGCUCAUACAGUUGGCAUGUGUCCAGAAAAUAAAGGCUGGGCAAUUGGGAACACUCCUGAACUUGCUAAAGCACACAAUUCACAUGCAAUGCCCCAGGCACGGAGAUGUGUGGACAAGUCACCAUCAAACAUUUGCAUUGGCAGCACUGGCCGGUACACAGGAGAAACUUUUCACUUUGUCAGCUAUGUCCCAAUUCAAGGGAAACUGUUCGAGCUGGAUGGACUGAAGCCUUACCCAAUGGAUCAUGGACCAUGGGGCGAGAAGGAAAGUUGGACGGAGAAGUUUCGUCGAGUAAUCACCGAUAGGUUGGAGACUGCAAGUCAAGAGCAAUCGCACGACAUUCGUUUCAACCUCAUGGCAGUGGUGCCGGAUCGGAGACUUGCCCUCACCCACAAGCUCAAUAUGCUAAAGACGAAUAAGCAAAUAGUAUCAGAAGCUCUGCAACAAUUGGUGAAGCUGAAAACAAGUAACACAAAGGAAGAAGUUGAGCGUUUAAAAGAUAAAAAGGACGAAGAAUGUAAUGUUUCAAAUAUGGAACAUUUAAAGUCCAUUCAGGAAAAUGAAAAACAAGUUCCAGUUGAUAAUGGUGAUGCAAAGACUUUAAAUCAAUCAAAAGAAUCUGAAAUAAUUCUACAUAAACCAGUUCUUGAAUCUCAGAGUUUGACAAAGAUCCAGCUAGUGGGCAUGAUGGACUCCUCGCAGACGAAGCUGGAUGGCAGCGCUGCCCUCGACUAUUCAACACCACUAACCGUGCAGACAUCUCCCGCGCCGAGCUGUUCCAGCACGGACACCUCUUCGGAAGUGGGCUCGGCCUUCAACUCGCCGACUCAGGGCUGGGGCUGGAACAGCGGUCAAAGCAGCCCCAUGUCCACGAAGGACUUCAAGAAGCUGGUGGUCGUGCAGAUGGCGACGGAGCCGGACGGCAGGAAGCGACUGCCUGCGGAAGUGUGCGCGGCGACCGCGAAGAAGGUGCUGCUGGAUGCCGCGGCGGAGAGCGGCGCCGACAAGAGGAGCGCGGAGUCCAAGCUCCACUGCAAGUACCCGGGCGUGCUGGAGCCGCACGCCUUCGCACCCAACGACCUACUGUCGCUGCUCAGAAGCCUGGAGGGCGACAUGCGGGCAUGCGAGGCCAGCCUGCGCGACGAGAACGAAAAGCGCAAGCAGUACCAGAUUGACGACUGCCGUCGCACGCACAACUACGAUGACUUCAUCUGCACGUUCCUGUCGAUGCUGGCGCAGCAGGGCAAGUUGGCAGACCUGGUGCAACAGCACCUGCUGCACGGCAAGAAGCCGGGCACGCCGGUGGGGCGUAUGGGAUCGCGCGUCGUCAAGAAGACGACGCCCAACGCCGGCCCACGGCGCCGCAGGACGCGGGCCAAGUGCCGGCGGCGCAAGUGAUGGCGGCGACGCUGAGCGGGUCUUCCACUUGCCCGUCUCCUGCUGGGGACGUGCCUCACGCAUUCAGCACUAAUGUCCAACAGUUUGGAAACUGUGAUUCGGCUCUUCGCUGCUGCUGUUUCGCCCACAACAUAGCCAGUUGUAGGCUUCGUGAAUUGUAACUGUCUUCAGUGUCAUCAUGUACAGUUUCAGCAGGUACUGCUCUGGUGCACAGCUGUUUCACUCACGAGUACUAACCUUCUGUGACAUUGCUCUUCGCUGUGUAUUUGUGACAGUUAGAUGUGGUUCGCCUGCUCUAAAUGAAUAAAUGGCUAGUCAAGUU